AGGAAGCAAGGAAGCACAGCUGCCUGGAGGAAGCUCUCAUAGAUGUCCUGAUCCCAAGACGGGGCGGAGCCCCCAAGUGUUGACGAUGCGUUUCCACUUCAAGAAGUGUCUCGGACUACUGAUGGUCAGCGGCUCCCUGCUGGUGUUGGUCUUCAACACGUGGAGCCCUGCACCUCCCUCAGGAGUCGACCUGCGGCGUGGACACAACUUUGGAAUGGAGAACAUCAUCAGUGAGAAACUGCAAGCCCUCUUGAAGGACUAUGAUGACAUUUCUUAUCACGUGAAGGAGGAGGUGGCAUGUCUCGUGCAAAGACACACGUGUGAAUGCGUGGCUGAUAAGGAGACCAUCCAGCUGCCGCUCUCCAAUCUGCUCUUCCCACGUGUGAAGGCCCACGACCUGGAACAGAUCUUCUUACAAUCGCACCCGGACCCUGAGGGCGUGAAGCGUCACAGAGCUGAAGAGUAUCGUCAUUUUCAAAUGAGGUCUUCCAGUCCUGCAGAUGUUCUUAUUGUAAACGAGGGCAACAGUCCCCUUCAGUAUCCCUCCCAGGGUGUGGCAGUGCGACCGCUCAAGACCAUCAUCAUUCCAGGAUUACGGCUUGUUGAAAAAGCAAGAUCCAACCACACGGUAUAUCUGACAGCAGCUCUGGGGACUUUUGAUGUGGUUGCCACAGUGGACAUGAUCUCCAUUAAAGGAGAAGGAGAGAAACGGAUGAUCCUCUCGAGUCCUUUUCUCUCUGCUCUGAACAGGCAGCUGCAAUUUGUCACCUACACAAACACUGUGUUCCAUCCCAGGACAGCAGACACCGUUGAGUUUGCAAAUGAAGGUCAUCAGUCAUUUUUCACCAUCAAAAUUGGACAUUCCACCAUCCCAAGGUUGUACAACUCCAACUCCGGGUAUCCAAAAGAGACCAACAUCAGCGCUCUCGUCACCAUCGUGACAAAGACCUUUCUACGCUAUGAUAAACUCCAAGAUCUCAUCGUCAGCAUCAGGCGAUAUUAUCCAACAAUCACCAUCGUGAUAGCUGAUGAUAACGAGCACCCACAGCGAGUGGUUGGACCUCACGUUGAGCAUUACAUUAUGCCAUUUGGAAAGGGUUGGUUUGCUGGGAGGAACCUGGCCGUGUCUCAGGUGACCACCAAGUACGUCCUUUGGGUGGAUGAUGAUUUCCUCUUCACUGCAAACACCAAGCUGGAGAAGAUGGUGGACAUCCUGGAGCGGACUAGUCUGGAUGUGGUCGGGGGUGCAGUCCAAGAGGUCACGGGCUGGACGGCAACGUUUCGUCACACCAUUUCCGUGGAAGAGGGCGGAGAAGACGGGGACUGCGUCCAUAUCCGGCGUGGCUACCACCACGAUAUUGAGGGAUUCGCCAAUUGCGUGGUCACUGAUGCCGUCAUCAACUUCUUCAUGGGGAGGACAGACAAAGUCCAGCAGGUUGGCUUCAACCCCCAACUGGCUCGCCGUGGUCACCUGGAGUUCUUCAUCGACGCCCUCGGGUCCCUCCACAUCGGCUCCUGCAGUGACGUCGUUAUAAAGCACGCGUCUAAGAUCAAGCUGCCAUGGAGGGAUGCAACCGACGCCCAGAAGGCCUAUGAAAGGUUCAGAUACUCCAAGAGCAGCGUUGAGAAUCAUAUUCACGAUGAAGUCUUUUACUUCAAGGACAGGUUCAAAUGCAUGACCACUCAAUGACGUCUGAGGGCAGCAGGGCGGCCAUCUUGGAUCAAAACACAUUUUCAGGUCAAAGGCAGUAUUAAUAUGGAAAUAUUAACAAUUUUCAUUUUAACUCUAUCUGUCCCACGGUGAGGCUCAUAGGAAGAAAAGGCCAUAAUGUUUACUAUGGUGCCCCCUUGUGGUUGGCAUGGGUGUGAAGUGGGAGGGAGGUUGUGUGCGUGGAAGGCAAGUUUCUUCAAACUAGCACAGUGGAGAACUUUAGAACUUUACACUUUUUGAAUGAUGUCGACUUAUUGUCAUACAGCGAUACAAUGUUGUACUGAGCAGCCGGAACAGCAAUGAGUGUGCUAUUUUCCCACAUUGUGUUAAGUUCCACUGUGAUGCAUUCAAGUGAAAAAGCUAGGUGCCUUAAACGCCCCUUUUAUGACUGGAAAAUUUAGCACCAGCUCUUAAGUGUUUGCACGUCUGACCUCCAAUCUUGACUAUUGACAGAAUAUACUCAUCAAGUUUUUGUGAUGUAAUUAUAUUUUAAUAAUUCCCAGGGCACUAGAAUUGUGUGAGGAUCAUCUAAAAAAUAAAAACUAAAUGAACUCAGGUUAACUAAUGAGGCAAAUUUGAUGGAAGGGAAGUGUAAUGCAAUGCAAUGCAAUAAUGUAAUGUAACGUAAUUGUCAGUGACAAUGAGAAAUAUGAUGCCCUUUCACAAUGUCGCCACUAGAUGGAGACAUUACACACAAGUCAGUUAGUUUGUAAAUAUGUAAUAUAUUGACUGAAGUGUGUGCGGAUGGGAAGAUGUGACAUAUUCUAUUCUGUCUAUUUUGUAUUGGCAUUGUUUUUUUUAUAAAAAUAAAGAGUUUAUAUGUA